CCACAGGUCUGUUUGGGAGCCCCGCUACUGAGCCAUGCCGGGCCCCCACAGGCCGGCCACAAGUCCAGCCCGGGGAGGCAGGUGGCCAUGAGUAGCCGCAGCCACAAUGGCAGUGUGGGGCGGCCUCUGGGCAGCGGGCCUGGAUUCCUGGGCUGGGAGCCUGUGGACCCUGAGGCAGGCCACCCCCCGCAGCCUGCCCAAGGCCCAGGCCUGCAGAUGGUGGCCAAGGGCCAGCCUGCUCGGUUGUCACCUGGUGGCCCCAGGGGCCAUCUCCAGGAGCAGGAGGAAGAAGAGGAAGAGGAAGACGAGGAGGCCCGGCCGGGAUCUGGGAAGCCCCCGACGGUCAGCCACCGCCUGGGCCACCGCAGGGCCCUGUUUGAGAAGCGCAGACGCCUCAGUGACUACGCCCUUAUCUUUGGCAUGUUUGGGAUUGUCGUCAUGGUGACAGAAACAGAGCUGUCCUGGGGUGUGUACACCAAGGAGUCCCUGUACUCGUUCGCCCUGAAAUGCCUGAUCAGCCUGUCCACCCUCAUCUUGCUCGGCCUUGUCAUCCUCUACCACGCCCGAGAGAUCCAGCUGUUCCUGGUGGACAAUGGUGCUGAUGACUGGCGCAUCGCCAUGACCUGGGAGCGAGUGUCCUUGAUCUCGCUGGAGCUGGCCGUGUGCGCCAUCCACCCGGUGCCCGGCCACUACCGCUUCACGUGGACAGCGCGGCUGGCGUUCUCGCUGGUACCGUCGGCCGCUGAAGCCGACCUGGAUGUGCUCCUGUCCAUCCCCAUGUUCCUGCGCCUCUACCUGCUGGCUCGGGUCAUGCUUCUGCACAGUCGCAUCUUCACCGACGCGUCCAGCCGCAGCAUCGGGGCCCUCAACCGCGUCACCUUCAACACGCGCUUCGUCACCAAGACACUCAUGACCAUCUGCCCUGGCACCGUGCUGUUGGUCUUCAGCAUCUCCUCCUGGAUUGUGGCUGCCUGGACAGUGCGCGUGUGUGAGAGGUACCAUGACAAGCAGGAAGUGACCAGCAACUUCCUGGGGGCCAUGUGGCUCAUCUCCAUCACCUUCUUGUCCAUCGGCUAUGGAGACAUGGUGCCGCACACCUACUGUGGGAAGGGCGUGUGUCUGCUCACCGGCAUCAUGGGAGCAGGCUGCACUGCCCUCGUGGUGGCCGUCGUGGCCAGGAAGUUGGAGCUCACCAAGGCCGAGAAACACGUGCACAACUUCAUGAUGGACACACAGCUCACCAAGCGGGUCAAAAACGCCGCUGCAAACGUUCUCAGGGAGACGUGGCUCAUCUACAAACACAGCAGGCUGGUGAGGAAGCCAGACCACGGCCGGGUGCGGAAACACCAGCGUAAGUUCCUCCAAGCCAUCCAUCAGCUGCGGAGUGUGAAGAUUGAACAAGGGAAAGUGAACGAUCAGGCCAACACGCUGGCCGACCUGGCCAAGGCGCAGAGCAUCGCGUAUGAAGUCGUGUCCGAGCUGCAGGCCCAGCAGGAGGAGCUGGAGGCGCGCCUGGCCUCCCUGGAGAGCCGCCUGGACGCCCUGGGCGCCUCUCUGCAGGCCCUGCCGGGCCUCAUCGCCCAAGCCAUAUGCCCUCUGCCACCGCCCUGGCCAGGGCCUGGUCACCCGGCGCCAGCCACCCAGAGCCCCCUCGGCCGCUGUGUGCCCACCGCGGGGUCGGACUGCAGGUGACUGCCUGCUGCUGGUCCCCGGACUGCUAGAUCGUGGCCAUCAUGUGGCCACCGCGGGCUCCUCGCCGUGCUGACCACCAGACCUCCGGGUUUGUAAGCCUAGGCGGAGCUGAGCAGAGAGAACUGGCGUUCAUCCCCGAGGCUGGACCGUGGGAUCUUGCUGCCCCUGGCUGUCCCAAGCCCCCGGAGGGCAAGGAGUAGCAGCAUUUCUAAGUAAAUCAGGAGCUACCAACCCGCCGUCUGCUCACAUGGCAGAGGGGGCCGCGCGCACCUCCCCAGAGGAGGUGGAUGCCCCAGCCUGGGGGGUCCUGGAGUCCCUGUUCUGUACAAUGCCUCUUCUUCAGGAUCUCAUCAGAGGGGUGAGGCCACUUGCCCGCAGACACACCGCAAAGGGCGGACAGACUCCACUCCCUGGUCCUGAGGUCAAAGUGAGGGCAUGUGGGAGGGUCAGACUUGGAGGUGGUGGAGGCCAGGGUCCUUCCAGGCCUUGGGCACUUGGGGAACACUGGGAUCCUGACAGGGAUGGGUGGCCGGUCAGGACCCGGUGUGGAGCCUGAUGAGCCACCUGGUCUCGGGGGAUAGUGGCCCUGCGCCGGCUGCCUGGAGGCCCGGCUUGUGGGGAGGAGCUGCUGGGUGGAACUGGGCUCCACUCCCCUGCUGCAGCCCCGCCCCGGAGCCAGGCGGUGGGUGCUCCCUCCCGAGACUGCCCAGAGGGCCUGGGGAACAUGGGCUCACCCUGUGCCCUGUAGGAGGCGACUGGGGUCAAACAGAACCGGGAGAAAUAAACAGGGCCGGCCGGGCGGUGGCAGCCCUUUAAUCCCUAGCGAC